AUGACGACACAUCUUAACGGCCCAAAUAACAUUCGUCCGAAGAAAAUAAGCAAUAUAAGGAAGGCAAGAGCCCCACAAUCAAAGAACCAAAGUUUAGAUGACGAAGAACCUCUGUCUUUUGCGAGUGACAUAAGGCAAUAUCUACAAUGUUCCACGUUGCACGGUCUUCGGUAUAUUGCCGAGAAGAAACUGACUUGGUUCGAAAGGUUCUUCUGGCUGGCAGCUUUUAGCUCCUCCUUAAUUUGCGCUGGAUUCUUUAUUCUAAACGUGUAUUCGAAAUGGCGGAUGUCGCCAAUGAUAGUGAGCAUCAAUCCUGAAAAUAUGCCUUUGCAUGGCUUGCCUUUCCCAGCUAUAACCAUUUGCAAUGUUAAUCAAGCAAAGAAAUCUAUCGCCGAAGGAUACCAAAAAUACGGAAAUUCAAUCGAUAAGAAGUUACUGCAGAGCGUGUGUACGACCCGCGGUGACAUCGAAUUAUUUGAAGAUGAUAUUGCUGGAAGUGCAGACUGGGACUACACUCGAUCAUUUCUCAUCAAUGUCACCCAGCCUUGCCAAGAAAUGUUGGCUUUAUGCAACUGGGAUUCUGAAAAGAUGAACUGUCAGGAUCUGUUCAAUGCACAACUCACUGACGAAGGACUCUGCUGCACAUUUAACGUCGUACACCGAAAAAUGAUGUUUCGAAAUCCAAGAUCGUUGAACGAUUUAAAUUUGACUUUUCCGUUGCCAGCUGUAGAUUGGACACCGGAGAGUGGGUAUCCUGCAGACUCACCAAUGAAUGGAUUUCCUUGGAGACCUAGAGGUACAGGAACCCAUCAUGGUCUAACCUUAGUUUUAGACGCAAAUUUAGCCGAAUAUUUUUGUGCUUCUACAAAAAGCAUAGGAUUUAAGAUCCUCCUCCACAACCCUACUGAAACACCAAAAUUACGAAAUCUAGGCGAAAUUUACGGGCCCGGAAUAGAAGCAAGAGUUGCGAUAAAGCCAAGGAUACUAGAUGCAAAUCCCUCUCUGCAAACUAUCGAUAUCCAAAAGAGAUUAUGCCUAUUCUCCAGCGAAAAAGAAUUGGCUUUCUUUAGAACUUACACGAUUAAGAACUGCGAAAUGGAGUGUGAAGCCCGAGCUUUACUCGACGUAUGCAACUGUGUACAUUAUUAUAUGCCCAAAAACAAAUCAACGCGUAUCUGCGGCAAAGUCGAUGCUAAAUGCUACAAUAACAUGAGCAUCGUAAUGCCUGAAGGUCGCGAAGUAGAAUGUGAAGAAUGUCUGCAGGCGUGUACAGAAAUCGCUUACGUUGAACGCGUUAGUUCGGCUCCCCUCAGAAACUUCCUUGUUGAAGAGAUAGCGACGAACGCCGGAAAUAAAAGCGCUGAAUAUUUCACUGAAAACAUGCUGGUAGUGCACUUUUUCUUUGAAGACAACACCUUCUUGAGGUUCACAAAGGGUGAAAUAUUUGGACUAACAGAAUUUUUAUCGAACACGGGUGGCCUUCUAGGAUUGUGUAUGGGCUUCAGUAUUAUGAGUGCCGUAGAACUCAUAUACUACCUCACUCUCCGAGCGCUGUGCAUGGCAAGACGACGUCCAAAGCAUCCUUUCACUAAUUAAAAUUAUUUCUUAUGUUUAAUUUUUAUGUGUCACGAAAAUUAUUUUAGAAAUAUAUGGAUGUGCAUUGUGUCGAUAAA